AAGUCUAGACCGUUCAUCAUUACAAGAAUGUUAUCCAUUGAAGGUCUCUCGGAAGAAUCAUCUCGAACACAUAACAGAGCAAUGUGAAUGCAAUCUGAUCAAUUCGUUUGUCUGAAAAGUCCCUCUCAUUGCUUCAUCUAGUAGCUCCAAUGGUGAAUUCUUUACCGACAACUUCAUUUGUACUCGUACCAGCCAGCCUUUAAGGCUUUUAAUAAAAUUUAAAGUUCAAAAAGGAAAAAAUAGCAUCUCAAGAAAAUAAAACACCUCUUUCUCUUUCACAAAUCGAAAAACAAUUCUUCUCUACUCUCUCUCUCUCUCUCUCUCGGCUUGGUAAAUACGAUCAAGUUCUGUCUCUCAUACAGAGAUCAAAUAGCUUCGUCGACGUGUUUUGUUACCCUUACCACACAAUCACUCCGAUGCAGAAGAGGAAAACGACGACGGCGGCGGGGAGGCCAAGUGGUACCGAUGGAUCUGAUUUCUCGUACCGGAUGGUCGUUGACUCUCGUUACGCGAAGGUCACUAAAGGGAGAUCUCGUCUCCGUCUCUUGAUCCUUGUUCAGGCAACGAUAUAUGUAAUUGGACUGUCGUGCGCAUUCAUGACAAGUAGUACUAAAAAUGAGGAGAGGAACACACUUGGAAUUGCAUCUGCUGCUGUUGGCUUACUCUUUUCAUUCAUUGCUGAUUUUGCUUGCAAACGAAGCAGAGUAAACCUUUUGAGGCUCUACACGGCUGCCUCCACCCUUGUCAUGCUUCUUUCUGUGUUUUCUGCUGUUAGGAGCAGAUUAACAAUGGAGGAACGGAAUAGCUCUGGAACAACCGCCAAGCUUGAGCUUUUAGGCUUCAUUUCUGCUCAAUUAGGAGCGGUGCUGCAGAUAUUAGCUAUCAUCGUUACGGGUCAACUGGUCAAUAAUGUGUCUCCACCUACUAAGACAGAAUAGAGAAGACAAGAGAGUUUGGGUAUUGUCAUCUGUGAUUUUCCUACAUGAGGAAGACAUUUAGAAUUUUUACUUCAGUAUUUUAUUUAGUUACUCGAAAGAGACGUUUUUGAUA